AUGAAUUCAUUUUCUGCAUUAUGUGUCUUAGCCUUAAUACUCAUUAUGGUUAGUCACUUUGUACAAGCUCAAGAUUCUCCAGCAGAUUAUCUAAAAGGACAGAACGCCGCGAGAUCGGCGGUCACCAAAGUUAAGAUUCCAGAUCUUGUUUGGGACAACAAGGUUGCUGCAUUUGCAAAUAAUUAUGCUAACCAACGCAAAGAUUGUCAAUUGGUCCACUCAGGUACUGAUCGAUACGGAGAGAAUAUCGCGAUGAGCAGCGGUGAGAUGUUUGGAACAGAUGCUGUGACGAUGUGGGUUAACGAGAAACCCUACUAUGAUUAUGAUAGUAAUUCAUGUGCUGAGGGACAAAUGUGUGGCCAUUAUACACAAGUUGUUUGGAAAAAUACAGUGAGAAUUGGAUGUGCUAAAGUGAGAUGUGAUAAUGGAGGAACUUUUAUUACAUGCAAUUAUGAUCCUCCUGGCAACUAUAUUGGUGAGAGGCCAUACUGAGUGAUUUAUUUUCUACUAUCAUGAUUUGUUCCAACUUAGAUGUAAGAGCUCUAUCAUAGAAGAACCCAGAAUAAAUUAAUGUAGUAUUAUAGGAAUUUUAUAAUUUGUAAUAAGGACGUUUUAGACAUAGUGUGUUCAUUGGAAAUCUAUUCGAAAAUAACAUUCCGUUUGAAAUCUAUGCAAAAAAUAAAUAAAUAAAUA